CCCUAAUUUUACAUAUCGAUUUCUUUAAAAAAUCACCUGUUUAAUCCGAUCGACACCCAUUUGCUUUUCAUCUUUCAAUUUCACUUCCAGUGCCCUACUCCACGCCCUCCUAUCUUCAAUUUUGCCAUCCCAUAUACUUCUUUUGGAAAGAAACUCAGAUUUGGGUCUUAAGAGAAGAAUAUGAUGAUGAUGAAAAGAAAAGAAAAGAAAAGAAAUUGGGUCGGAUCACAUUAAACUGGCGGGUUUUAAAAGAAAUUGAGUAUUUAAAAUUGAGGGCUUAUCAUUUGAUUCUGAGCUUGACAUGUGUUUCUCUACUAAAGUUAAAAAUACUUUUGUGUCAAAGAAUAACGGGAGAGUAUAUUUAGACUGAAGUAUCGAAAGAAUAAUGAGAGAGGUAUAUUUGAACCGAAUUAUAACGAAAAGGCAUAUUUGAACCAAAAGUAUAACGCAGUGUAUAUUUAGUAUAUUUGAGCCGUUUCUAUUGUUAAGAGAUGUGACAAGUCACGUGCACGGAAGGAGUACAAAUCAAAGCGGCAUGGAAGCGAACAGGGACGACGGCGAACCGGCGGCGAAGUCUCCUGCUGGAGAAGAAGAAGAAAUGACUACUUUUUCUGGCCACCAUUUCCGAAGUUCCGAAGACACCGACGAUGGCUUCUCCGUCACCAUCAUCGAGAACAUGAAAGAAGAGUACGGUUUGUUCGUAUGGCCUUGCAGUAUUGUUCUAGCCGAAUACAUAUGGCAACAGAGAUCCCGCUUUACCGGCGCUAACGUAGUUGAGCUUGGGGCAGGGACCUCGUUGCCUGGGUUGGUUGCUGCAAAAGUGGGUGCAGAUGUGAAGCUGACUGACAAUUCAAACAGAUCAGAGGUGCUUACUCACAUUAGAAGACAGUGCGACUUAAAUGAUAUCAAGUGCAAGGUACACGGACUUACAUGGGGUGUGUGGGAUACACAAACCUUCUGUCUGUGCCCAAACAUUAUCCUUGGAGCUGAUGUCCUGUAUGAGAGUUGUGCCUUCGAUGAUCUCUUCGCAACUGUGGCAUUUUUACUCCAGAGUUGUCCAUCAUCCGUUUUUAUUACUACGUAUCACAACAGAAGUGGGCAUCACCUAAUUGGAUUCUUGAUGGUGAAAUGGGGCCUGAAGUGUGUGAAGCUUCUUGAUGGGUUCUCAUUCAUGCCAUCAUACAAGACGUCUAGUUUGAGUGGUAACAUUCAAUUGGCUGAGAUUGUUUUGGACACAACAAACAGAGACGAGAAAAAAUGAUGUAACUGAAUUCAAGCGCGAUGGUGCCAAAUAUUAGGUUCUGCUGACGUAUUUUACUUCUUCCACUGGAGAAACUUAUUGUCACUACUGCGUCUCUCGCAGCAAAGACUAAAAUAUCUGUGCAUGAGACUAUGCUGCCAUGCUGGGGCAAAGAGCUUCAACUGCUUUCUUCGCAUUAUCAAUGACAUAGGAUGUAUGCAAAGAAAUAUUAGGAGGACCAUCUUUUUCUGCCUAGUUCUCCUUGGAGUUCAGCAAAAUUGAAGCAUCACAGCCCCUUAAGAAGGUAAAAGGGUGAUAAACUCAUAAAAAGAAGAAUUUGCUUAGCAAUGGGGGAAGGAAAAUGUGGAAAAGUUUAACCAUUAUGGGAUUGUUGUAAUUGAAUAUGGUUUGUAGUUGUGUACUCAGUUGACACUAUCAUGGAAAUGCAUCCUUAGUAGUGCCGCAGGCACUGUUUUUGUCCUUUGUGGCCUCCUCAACGACUUGUCUGACAGUGUAUUCGGCCUUAGGACAUGUGAAUACAAGUAAUGAGCUCAAAACAUGGUACAAAAUACGUCAUUGAUUCUUUAUGCCAACUACAUAAGAAUUGCAAAGGCUAUUUAUAGGAAGAA